ACAGAAAGACAAGUCUCUGUGUUUAGGGAAGCUUAGUGUUCUGCUUUUACUGCAUGAGAGCCUGACCUCAAUUAAUGCAAUUUUUGAAGCAUGGCCUGAAUGAUUCAGCUGCUACCAAAUCAAACUACAGGGAAAGGUUGCUACCACUGCCAAGUAGGAAAAAUCUGAAGACAUAAAAGCUACACACAAGGAACAUGCCACUUAGCACCUCCACUUUUUGACGCCUACACCGGACAAUGAGAAGUCACAUGUAACAACGGCGACCACUUCAGCCCACAGCUGGCCUUACUCCUCCCAGGAAGUGAUCGUAAUGGCUAACCAAAGCAGUCAUGUCCCAGGAAAUAACUGUUCCAUGGAUGAGAAACUACUCUCUAGCAUGCUAACAAUAUCCUACUCUGUCAUUUUCAUCGUGGGACUAAUUGGAAACAUAAUUGCCCUCUACGUAUUUCUGGGUAUCCACCGCAAAAGAAAUUCCAUACAGAUUUACCUUCUGAAUGUAGCCAUUGCAGAUCUCUUACUGAUCUUCUGCCUGCCUUUCCGAAUAAUGUAUCACAUUAAUGGGAACCAGUGGACACUUGGUGUGAUCCUUUGUAAGGUUGUGGGAACACUAUUUUAUAUGAACAUGUACAUCAGCAUUAUUUUGCUUGGAUUCAUCAGUUUGGAUCGCUACAUAAAAAUUAAUCGGUCUAUACAACAACGGAGGACAACAACAACUAAACAAAGCAUUUACGUUUGCUGUAUAGUAUGGAUAGUUGCUCUUGGUGUAUUUUUAAUUAUGAUUAUUUUAACCCCUAAGAGAAGAGAUCAUGAUUCCACAAUGUGUUUCCAUUAUAGAGAGAAGCGUAAUGCCAAAGGAGAAGCAAUUUUUAACUAUGCCCUUGUGGUAAUGUUUUGGCUAAUUUUCUUUCUAAUAAUCCUUUCAUAUAUUAAGAUCGGCAAGAAUCUACUGAGGAUUUCCAAAAGGAGGUCAAAAUUUCCCAACUCUGGUAAAUAUGCCAAAACAGCCCGGAAUUCCUUUAUCGUACUUAUCAUUUUUACUGUAUGUUUUGUUCCCUAUCAUGCCUUCCGAUUUGUCUAUAUUUCUUCACAGCUAAAUGGGUCUUCUUGCUAUUGGAAGGAAAUCAUUCACAAAACCAACGAGAUCAUGUUGGUUUUCUCAUCUUUCAAUAGCUGCUUAGAUCCAGUCAUGUAUUUCCUGAUGUCCAGUAACAUCCGCAAAAUAAUGUGCCAACUUCUUUCUAGACGAUUUCAAGGGGAAGCAAGCAGAAGUGAAAGUACUUCAGAAUUUAAACCAGGAUAUUCCCUGCAUGAUACAUCUGUUGCAGCUAAAAUUCAGCCUACUUCUUAAAGCACUUGAGGUAAACACAUUAAAAAGAAUGAGAAAAUAUAACCUCUUAAUACCUUAAAGAACUAAAAUUUAUGAAACAAAGCUCUAGCAUUUGCAAAGCUCAGAUCUGCUCAAAGCUCUUUGCUUAUUUGUGAUAUUUCAUUUGCUUAGUUGUAAAAUCUUUCAAGGAAAAGAAAAGUUCAUACUCAUCACUAGAUUUUAAAUCUGUAUGUAAAAUCUUUUCAAAACAUGCUGUUAAACUAAUACUCUUAACAUAGAUUAUAAAGUUACAUGAAAUUUAUGGUUUUAACAACAGAAUAAUUAAAAUGUCAUGGUUUCUCAAACCACUAACAUAGUUACUCAAAAUCAAGCACUUAAUACUAAUUAAAGGUAUGUUUAAAAGUAAGUUAGGGGGAUGCCUGGGUAGCUGAGCGGUUGAGUGUCUGUCUUUGGCUCAGGGUGUGAUCCCAGUUUAGGGAUUGAGUCCCACAUCGGGCUCCCCACAGGAAGCCUGCUUCUCCCUCUGCCUACAUCU